AUGGAGCUGGAGCUACCUAAACGAUUGUAUGCAGAGGGUUCAGAACCUCGGGUUAAGAAGAUCAACAACAAUUACCGCAUGGAACUUAUCAGAGAUCUGAAGAAAGCUAUGUGUGCAAAGUACGAUGAUGUGAAGAGAGAUCCUGUUUUCACACAUAUCAUGGCUAUUGCCGAAAAUGAUCUCAAGUUCUCUGGGAAACUAGUGGAUAGCUUCAUAUGUAGGCAGCUGAUUACCUCAAAGCUGCAUGAGAACUGGUUUGUUUUUACGAGGACGCCUCUCCGGUUUUCGCUUCAGGAGUACCAUGCUGUGACAGGCCUCAAGAUUACACGGGAAACUAACAGUGACGUAGUGAAAUGGAAAAACGAUGGGUUUUUUUGGAGUAACCUACUGCACACAGGUGGUAAGAUCACCUUGCAGUCGAUCAGAAAGGUUCAUCUACAAGAAGUUCACACCUGGACUCGGCUUGAUAGGAUGAGGUUGAUCUACUUCUGUGUAAUAGUGGGUGUGGUGAUGGGGAGAGAUGAGAAAAUGUCCAUCCCUCAUAUGUACAUCAAGUUGGUGAUGGAUUUUGACAAGGUUUGGAAGUUCCAUUGGGGUCUUCACUCGUGUGAUUUCCUGCUGAUUUCGAUUGAGAAGGCUAGGAAGAAGUUGGGUAAGAAGGAGAGCUACAUUUUCGAGGGUUUCUCCUAUGCUCUCCAGAUUUGGAUUAUGGAGGCAAUUCCUGAUUUUGGAGAAAUAUUAGGCAGAAGAGUCUCAAACAGCUUCAAAGAUCCAAGGUGUGGCAAUUGGAAAGGAGUUGCAAAAGUUUCUUAUGAAGACAUCAUUGAGCUCGAGGACUCCUUAACUAAGAAGAAUAACUUGUUCUCGGUCAUAUCAGUGACUGGUAAUGGUGAUGUGUUUCUAGAUGCUGACUAUACAAGGAAGGGUGAGAUGGAAGAUGAACGAGUGGACCUUCUUUUGGAGAGGAUCAGGAACAAGUAUGAUUGGAGCAGCACAGACUGGCCAGUUUUAGACCCUGAAGAAACUAAAAUGGAGGAACCCGACUGCCAUGAUAGAGGGUCAAAAGCUGAUAAGAGCGUGGAUCAUACGGAUGUUGUAGCAGACGAGGAGACCUCUUCGGUUAAGGUUGCAGGAAAAGGCAAGAGAAAUUUUCUUGAUGAAGGAGCAGAGACAAGAAAGAAGAAGGUGCUGUGUAAGCGAUCAGCAGAAAAGUAUCUGACUUUUGGUCUUGAAACUAAGAGUUUCAUUGAGGGUCUUAUCCGCACAUCUAUCACUUCAUUGGGAGAUGUGCUCAGUAUGCAAAUGGCGAAUAUGGAGAGGGUGUUUACAGAGAGGAUGGGAAAGAUGGAGAUUGAGGUUUCACAGCUCAGGGACGCAAUCAGUUUGACUGGUGAAGGAAGCUAUCCUAGCAAGAAAGAAGCUGAAGAAGCUUCACUAAACAGCAAAGGCGCUCAAGCUCCACCUAAGAGCAAAGGCGCUCAAGCUCCACCUAAGCGCAAAGGCGAUCAACCUACUCCAACAAAAAAGGAUGGGAAAAAGAUUGCUACAGAAACUAAUGAUUUUGAUUUUGGAUUGAGUACACAAGACUUGCGGGACCUGUCCCAAGCUACAUUUGUUGAGGGUUUUGAUCUGUCUCAAGUGAAAGUUGAGACCUCAAGUAAAUCAAAACCGUUGAACAUGGCUCCACUGCAGUGGAAUGAUGAGCAAAUAGAUCGAACCAAAGAAGACUCGCCAGAUGCCGCUUUGGUGUUUUUCCGUGAAGAGGAUUGGGAAAAAGAGAUUGACGCCGCAAUGUACGUAUUCCGGGAGAGGACAUCUUUGAAACGAUGGAGACCUCAUCGUGUCGCCUUCAUGGCUGUCUUCUUCAGCAAUAUGAUUAAAAAAGAGUAUGGUCAUUUAGAAGCUCAGGGUAGAAAGAGCUACAUGCUUCAAAAUUUGCUACUGCAGUACGGUAAAGGGGUCCUUCCACCACAUGGCAGGACACAUGAGAUAUGGAAUAUAGAUGUGGAUCGGCUGUAUGUCCCUGUUCAUGUCAGUGAGAAUCAUUGGAUCACCUUGUGCAUCAGUUUUGUGACGAGGAGCAUUGAUGUGUUCGACUGCUCGGGUAGGAAAAGGUACAAGGAGGUGGAUAGGUUCGCAAACCUUAUUUCGCGUAUUGUCAAGGCAGUUCAGCCUAUGAGACACCAGAAGAAUUUCGCAGUCGGUGCAUAUACUGUUUCCUAUGUCCCCAUUGGGAAUCUGAACAAAAGUGCAUGUGACUGUGGCGUCUAUGCAGUGAAGUUCAUUGAGUGCCAUGCGCUUGGAUUGGAGUUGUCGUUGUUGCAUGAUGGUAACAUUAUCGAAGCUCGCCACAGGAUUUUAUGGGAUCUUUGGGAAGCAGCUAAUGAUCCGGAAUUGAUUGACAGGAUGUCAAAGUAUCAAUCCCCAGAGUGUCUCUCUUCGACUGUAGAGGAGAUUCUGUGA